UCAUCGCCAACGCUUCGAAUUGCAAAAUUAUGAUUGUGUUCCUAGACGAGGGCUGGGCGAAAAGUGGCGAAUGCAAAGCCGAGUUCAACUGCGCCUACUCGUGUUUCAACAGAAACGAAGCUCCCCUCAUUAUUCCUAUAGUGGUCGGAGGAUUCGAGUGGAUAGAUCCGGAAGUUUAUUAUCACGCUCAUGCACUGAAAGCUAAUUUCCAAUGCCAAUCUAUUCGUUCAAACGAAGUGGAUGAAAACUGUUUGGAAGUAUUCGGAACAAUUGUCGCUAAAUGCAAAAAAAUGCUCCCUGCAAAAAUGCCUAAAAGCGAUCAAGAUAAUACUGACGGAAAAUCAAGCAAACAAAUUCGGUAUAACGAAUUAAUAAACAGUUUCAUUACAUGUGAAAUUUGCCAGGAAGUUUUCAAGGAUCCUAAGAUGCUGCCAUGCAAUCACACUUUCUGCAAAAUUUGUCUGGAAAAGUGGAAAACAUCACGAAAUAAUAGUGAUUUUACCUGCCCAAAAUGUAGAAUUAUCUGCAAAGACACGAGUAUCGAAACUCUACCUUCAGACUUUAAAGCCAAUCAGUUUAUAGACGCUUUGAAAACAGAAGAUUAUGUACUAAGUAAGCCAUCAACGAGCUGUUCAAAUUUGGCUGAGUGGUUUAAAAAUAACACAAUUCCAGAAGAUAUCCAAAAAAUUCUGGUCGACGAAGGAUUUGACUCUCUGGAACUGAUAUCAGAACUUAAGCCAAAGGAUUUGGAAUCAAUUCCAGGAUUGAAAUCUGGCCAUAGAUUGAAGCUGCAAAAAAGUAUCGAGAAAAGUCAGCCAAAAGAAGAUGACAUUUUGGAAGAAUGUGAUGAACUUCAUCUGGAUAGUAUUUAUGAUGACCGAACAUUGACAACUGGCACAACUCCAGUUGAUACUUUGAAAUUUUGGUCUGGACUUUCGAGCUCCGAACGCGAAGAGUUUCUAAUCAACCUAAAAAAGUUAGCAACAAAAAUUAAGAAAGCAAACUAUGUCUCGAAACAAGUGAAGGCUAAUAAAUUGCAUAGAAUAGCGAUGGUUUUAUGCGACGCAGGGUUGUUUUCAGAUGCUGAAAUUAUAGCUAUCGAUUCUAUGACAUUUGCUAAACCCGACAGUACGGAGUACUAUUCGACUAAUGUCUUGUUGCUGUACGCGUUAAUGAAUCGAGUUAAACAAAAUACAACUUGGAUUGGCGCCGAGCAGCUGGAAUCGUGGAAGAAUCAUUUGGCAAAAUGUGACGACGUUUUGAAAAAAGGCGGGAAGUUUUUGAGUGAUGCGAUGAAAUGUAAAGUGAUGAUUAUGAAGUUGUUUGCGAUGCGAGCAAUCAAAGCAAGAGACAGUGCCUACAAACCAGAUAUAACAUCCGUAAUGUCCUUCGCCUCUAAGGCGGCCAAAGCACAAGAGGACAAAGGACUCUAUGCCGAAUAUGUCAUGACCGAAGCCCUUCUGGACAUAAUGAAUCCAAAACCGAGUCGCCAGAAGCGAAUCCAGAAACUGCUGGAGGCGAGGAAACUGUGCGAUUCGGCUUAUGGGGAGUUCAGCAUACUGAUGUCCAGGAUAUAUCACAAUUUAGGCGGCGCCUUUGAAGAAAAACGCAGAUUAGACCUGGCCUACGAAUGCUUCCGAAGAUGCUGGCUGAUACACAUGCAGCUCUACGGAAUCCACCAUCCUGAAAGAAAAAAGUCAGCAGAAAUUUUACUGGAAGACACAUACAAAGAACUGGCUAAAAACAAAGGAGACUCGCUCCCUGGAGAUGAUAAUUUGGGAACUAUGGAUCUGGACUUCACUAUCAGACUUCAAGGAGUGAUCGGAUACUAGCGAAACACUACAAAUUGAUAAAAAAAAUAAACAAGUAAUGUCAGUGGGUUAUGGGAAAGAAUCCUAUAUUCUCAUAACUGACUUUCAUUUUUAAGCAAAAUACAAUAAAACAUUGCUGCACGCUUAUAACAAUUAUAAUUAAUCAAUUUUCAGUACGAA